CAUGUUGUCCAGAAUUUCGGCCAUCAUGUUCCAGCGGCGGCGGAAGAUCUUGUUUGCGUUUCACAAAUCCUCGGUCUCACUCGCCGCCGCCGUCGCCGUCGCCGCGCACCGAUUUAUUGGGGUUCAUCAAUCUCCCCGACCUUUAUCGGUAGCCUCCCCCUCCCACCCGCCUCGCACUCCACUGUCACCACCUCAUCUCAUGUCCUCCUCCACUGUGUCGGCCUCGACCUCGGGGCCAUCACCACCCGGCGCGGGUGUGGGCAAAGCAUUGCAUCUCCCGAAGACGCACAAGCAGCUGCAGGGGUGGCAGCACUCAUUCGCUGGAUCCCUUGGAGGCAUGGCCGGCGCUAUCGUGACCUCGCCCUUCGAUGUCGUGAAGACCCGUCUCCAGUCCGAUCUGUUCAAAGGCCCGCAUCCGGGGUCCGUCAACCAGGCUUCCGGGACAGGAGCGGCCGGCGUUAUGCGCCACGAAGCCACUAUGGCGGCGCAGAACUCGACCAUGAAGCGCGGCUUUGUGUGGCAGUUUGUGGACACAAUUCACCUCAUCAGGCGGAUACAGGUCGAAGAGGGAUGGCGCGCACUUUACAAGGGCCUGGGGCCAAGCUUGGGAGGCAUUAUCCCUGCACGCGCGAUCAAUUUCUACUUCUACCCCACGUCCAAGGCUUUCCUUGCCAAGCAGUUUCCGAAUGCGCCCACAGAAAAGGAGGGGCAGACUGCCGAGGACUCGCCGCUGAUCCACCUUGGGGCGGCUGUCGUAGCUGGCGUCAUGACGUCGACUGGCACGAACCCAAUCUGGGUGGUGAAGACGCGUCUGCAACUGUCUGCGAAGCGUCGUGAGGAGACCCUCGGGCGGCGCGUGUCACCUUCUGCCUGGGCUGUAACGAAGGACAUUUUGCGCACGGACGGCUUCCGUGGUCUGUACCGCGGUUUGUCGGCUUCCUACCUGGGUGUAUCGGAGGGCGUCAUCCAGUGGGUGCUGUACGAGCGGUUGAAGCGCAUUGGGCGCUCCAAAUCUGUCUCGCUGGACGACGAGAAGACUGGCAUUUUGAGCUAUGUUGGAAGCAUCGUCGGCGCAUCCGGAGGCGCCAAGGCGGUCGCUUCGCUCAUCACGUAUCCGCACGAGGUCAUCCGCACGCGACUUCGUCAACCCCACAAUGGUACGCCAAAGUACACCGGCCUUUUGCAGACGCUCAAGCUCGUGGUCAAGGAAGAGGGCGUGGCCAGCCUGUACGGCGGUCUUACAGCCCACAUGUUCCGCGUCGUGCCCAACGCCGCGUGCAUGUUCCUCAUUUACGAGCUGGUCGCUGCAAAACUGGGAUCGUAGACAUUCAUCUUACACACCCCUCAUACACAUACCCACUCUGCAUGUAUCACUAGCAUCGCAAGG